CAAAAGUGAAUACAGGUAUGUCUCAACCAACUGAUGCAGGUGGGGACUCCUUUCGUCUUGACAUCCAGCUCGUUAAAAAUUCCAAUGUUCUCCAGCUCGAUGACCUCGGCACGGAAGGACUUUUUUGGAGAGCAUGAAAUUUAUAAAAUUACCUCCUCGCGAAGCGAACGUCGGAUAAUAACGAACGAUAGCCUUACGCCGCCGCCGCCGCUGCUGCCCAAAAGCCGUUGAGACUUUCGGGGCCCUGAAACCGCAACGGCGGGUCGCUGCUUUUCCCAGCAGGCAAUACGUAGGGGGAAGAACAUGUACAUCGAGCACAUCAAAUACAUGAGAUCGCCAGGAGUCCCUCCUACGGUCGCAAUCCAUGGGACGGAAGAUGUACGAGUACAUACGGUACCUUCCCGCGGAGGGUGGUCCUCCAUUCGGCAGGUGCGUGCGCGCUGCCGGCCGGGAGCAAGGGGACGAUACCGAGAGGAAGCUGGGAAUCCGCGAGAGAUUGGUUGGUAUGUAUGCCAGCGCUGAAGGUCGUGAUGCGGGAUUUCGCCUCCAGUCGCUGUUCAAUUCCGUAUAUGUGGGUGUUGUACGAUCUGUAUGCCGAGAGUGUCUGAUGAAUCAUCACCAGUCACAACGGCAACAGCAACUGCAGCAGCAGCAGCAGCCAGCGCAGGCUUGUGUGAGAACAGACAGUGUGAUGCCGUGGCGUCACCGAAGGAGUUCCUUUUCGGAAAUGUGGGUGAUUUCCCAUCUCCUCCGCGGUCGACGAGCGCAAGAAGGCGAAGGCGUUACAACAGCUGGCGACGGAUAUGUGUCAGAUUCUCCCUGCGUGUGGAUGGAUUACUAUGCAUAGGUGGGAUAGGUAUAUACCGGUGAUGUUCGGACUUCCGUUUCACAAUG